GAUUAAACAAACACAGGUUGUACAGCGAUUUCAGCGGUUAAAGUGAGAACAGUUUUCCAGAAUCAGAUCAUUAGAAUUGAUAUCGUGAACCAUGUGCAUCUUGACGGAAAUGUGUCGCAAUUAUGCCAAAGGUGAUCCCAAGAAGUUCGUGAGAAUAGCACAUCCGCUAUCAGUGAUUUUGGUAUUUGUUGGCACCGCUUUUUUCUUUUCCCUUCAAAUGUUUCACGUGGUGCCCAAUUUAUUUGGUGUCGGUACAUUUAUGUACAAACUUGGCUGGGUGGCGGCCAUCUUUAUAACAUACAAUAUCCUGGGGAAUAUGGUGGCCUGUUAUAUCACAAGCUCAUCGGUGGAGAGUUUGCCCAAGGAUUGCCAAGUUCCGGUUCCAGAAGAGGAGCACCUUUGGCGUUACUGUGAAACCUGUGAAAAGCUCAUGCCUCCAAGAUCCUGGCACUGUAUACUGUCUUGAGUCUAGCUACCUUAUUUAUUGAUGCAGUGAUGGAAUUCUGGCCUUCUGUGACGUGGCGGUCGUUCCUAU